AUGUUCGGAAGUCGCAGACCUGGCAAACGAUCGAUCGUCGGGACGAAAGUUUGCGCGUUGUUCGACGAUGGUUUUUACCGGCCGGGUGUAAUACAAAGUGUACACAUACCUGCCAACUCACAACUGGCACAAACAUACACCGUCACAUUUGAUGAGGGAGGAACCUUCUCUUACAGCGAGUCUCAGUUAAUUGGACCAGGUUUCCAGAGUUUAACUAACGAUUCGUUGAAAGUUGGUCAAAAAAUUUAUAUAACCUUCAACAGUCGGGAGGUGAAGGGCUGCAUUAUUGGGAGUGGGGUCCAUGAAAAUGGUUCCUCCACUGCCGAAUACAACAAAUAUUGGCUGGUUGGAUUGGGAGAUGAUUGUAACAUCAGGGUGAAGGUAAAGUUAGAUGACAUUCGGCUGAUGGAGAGCAGAAAAUCAGCGAGGUUGUCAGAAAUGGAUACAGAUUACACUAAAAUGGCAGAUCUUACGAGUGUUGAGAAUAAGAAAAGAAGCAAUUGCAUUGAUGUGCCUAGUCACGCUACCAAACAUUGGUAA